UGGACCAGAUAGAAGUGAUCGUUAGCCGUGUGACCUGUGAUUUCCUUAUAACUAACAAUUUUAUUAGAAACUUCUACAAAAUGAUACAAAAUCUGCUUUUAACUACAUUAGCUCCUUUGAAGAAUAAGAAUGAGAUUAGCUGUUGGGAGAACCGACCGUUUACUACAGUGUGGCCGGAAAAUACUCAAGAGCGAAAAAGAGAUAUAACCAGAACAAUCAAAAAGAAACAAAAGCGAGUGCGUACAGCCUUUUCAACUGAACAGUUGAGAGCAUUAGAAAGGGCAUACUCUCGCCACAAGUACAUCAAUUCAGAGAAACGUGCCGAACUAUCCAACACCUUGAACAUCGGCGACAAAUGCAUUAAGAUCUGGUUCCAAAACAGGAGAAUGAAGGAGAAGAGGGAAUCAUCAGAGUCCAGCUUCGAUUCUUCGAACGAAUCAGUUAGUAACGAACCUAGUAUACCCGCCUCACCCCCGUUAGAAAUCACGCCUGAAAUUCCAUCAUGCGAAAAGUAUCAAAAUUAUCCUCAAUACCCUAACCAAGGGUAUUUACUACCCACUUAUUAUAACACCAAUCAAAUUUCAUCAGGCUAUACAAUGCCACAUAACUACGGGGCUUACUUUUACAACGAUAAUAACGUUUAUCCAACACAAUAUUACCCGUGUGAUGUAAAUUAUUCCAAUGAAGGCAAUGGGUAUAGCCAAUAUGGCAAUGAAAUGAACAAUUGUUGGCCAAGUCAUCAUCAAUAUUACUAUGAUAUAUAGACUUUAUUUAUUAUUUAAUUUAAUUUUAUGACCUAUUUAAAGUAUUUAAUUAAUUUUAAUAUAUUUUUCUACAAACCUGCACUAGACAAGUGCGAUUCAGCUUUUGAAAGAAUCAACCCUAACAUUGCCAAUUGUUUUUACAUAAAAACUCUGGUUAAAUGCUUAGUUAUAUUUAAAAUUAAGUAAUAUUUUUUUUCCUUAUUAUGACUUUUUUUCCUAUUUAUGUUUCGCUGUUGGUGUUGUAGUGUGUAAUGUGUUGUUUGUGUAUCGACAAUAGUAGGUAGAUAAGGUGUGUACCUUCUUAUUGAACAAAUAGGAGUAUUGUUAAUACAUAUGUAAUAUUAAUAUGUGUUUUUAUGUAGGUAAGAAGUGAAAACAUAUUUUUGUGCGGAUAGUUUAAUGUAUUAGUUUAUAGUUUAGAUUUACAAAGCUACCUCAAAAUUUGCCUAUUCUAGACUAUUUAAGUGAUAGUUUAUAAUAUAAGAUUUAUAUUUACAAAGUGAACAAACUAGUUUAAGGUUAACAAAAUGUUCCUUUCUAUUUAGGUUAAGCUUUAUUUCAAUAAGUGUGAGAUAUUUUUAUGAAUAGAAUUAAUAUAAGUAUGUACAUAGUUACAUGACAUAAAAAUAAACUUAUUUAUAUAUAUGGCAUCAAAAAACUCCUCAUUAAUAUAUUAUUCCAUAUUCCUUGUAUUCGGUGAAAGCGACUGGUACCGGGAAAUUGAAAUAUAGCUCAUAAGUUGUUUUAGUUAGGUACAUGAAAACAAUUUAAUUUAAACAAAUUCUAAAUAACUUUGUUAUCAAUUUAUAGUUUAUUCUUUUGUGUAAAAAGUGUUGGUUACUAGUCCUAGUAGUUAUUAUUUAGUACCCACUGCUAAAACUUUUUUUCUACGUCUUGUUAUUUUUCUAUAUUUUAUCUUUAAAUCUUUAUUUCUAACUUAACUAACAAAUAAUCACAAGUGUUUGGUAACGAAGUAAUUUUAUGAUAUAGACUUAAGAAGUGUAACCUACAUCUCAGUGUAAAAUUAUAUUAUUUAAAUAAAACAUCAAUCAAAAUUA